AUUCCCGUUUCAGUUCUGCUUGUAACAACCAACAAAGCUACCACAUUCCAAGUUGUUGAUGAUACCUUAGUCGGGCACUUCAUACCUUACCGACAACUGCUGCUCAUCACGUACAUACAGGGCUUAAUAGUACCGGUUUUCUAACAAUGCGCAGCUUUGGAUAGUUGGGGAGGUUCAGCCGCCGGACAGCGACUGUCACAUCCGUACAGUGACGACGUUGCUCCGACCACCAAACAACGGGACUCCGAGUCUCGCAAACAGCCUUUCCGAACGUAACACAGGAACCAAAGAUAAGACUCCGGCCUCAAGAUGAAUGAACCAACGGUACCGCCACCAGCCGCCCUGGCAGGACUGAGGUCGUCAGCGACAACCUCCUCCGACUCAGCAUCCCAACUACCACCGCCAUCACAAUUCUCGCAACCGCAACAACCACCCACAUCCAGGCCCUCCCACGCCGGCCCUGCCAUCCCGGUGGCCCUCAACGAAGCUGCCCUCGACUCGCCGAGCUUCCGCGCGACUGCCGUCCACUUCUCAGACCAGCUCGACGCCAUUGAGCGCUGGCUCGACAGCUACGCCCGCAGCACCUCCAAGCUGGUGCACGACGUGCUCGCCCUCGAGGAAACCAUAUCCUCCUACCUCGCCAAGAUCUCACCGCCCGCCAUCGCCUCCCCGGCCGACUCGCCCGUCCUCGACGCAGACUACACGCUGCCCGCUCUGCGCCGCGCAGGCGACGGAGCCCGCGACUGGUGGGGCGGCAUUCUGGCCGUCGUGCGUCGCCUCGAGCCCGCGAGCGUUGAGCCCGUCCGGCAGUUUAUUGGGGGAGAGCUGCGCGCGUUCCGCGAGACGAGGCGCGCGCUCGACGCCGCGCAGAGGGCGUUUGAUGGCACCCUGGCGCGGUACGUCGCGCAGAGCAAGACCAAGGAGCCCAGCUCGCUGCGCGAGGACGCGUUUGCCGUGUUUGAAACGCGCCGCGUGUACCUGAAGGCGAGCAUGGAUUACUGCCAGAUGGCGCCCCAGGUGAGGGCCGGGCUGGACAAGCUGCUCGUGAGGGUCUGUGCGGAUGUUGCGAGGGAGGUGAGGCGGGCGAGGGAGGCGACAGGCGUGGUGGGGCAGAACGCGUGGGGGGAUGAGCUGGAGAGGAUCCGGGGGUGGGCGAGGGAGAUGGAGAUGGCUGAGGCUGUGUUUAAGAGAGAGCUGCAGAUGGCGAGGAGGGAUAUCGGCGAGAGCACGCUUGCCGUGUACAAGCCGUCGAGGGAGUUGGAGGAUUAUAGCAUCUCGACCGUGCCGUUCCUCGGCUCCAAGGGACCGAUGAGCAUGCAGCGGAAGAACCAGGUCGCCGUCAUAUCCGAGAAGCAGGGCUGGCUGUUCCUGCGGGUGCUGACGGGGAAGCCUGUCAGGACGACCUGGAUCCGACGGUGGUACUACUGCCGCGAUGGCAUCUUUGGGUGGCUGGUGCAGGGGCCCCAGGGGGUCCUACAGGGCGACGAGAUCGGUGUGCUCCUGUGCAGCGCUAGGCCCGCUGUCCAAGAGGAGCGCCGGUUCUGCUUCGACAUCAAGACCAAGACACAAACCAUCAUGCUGCAGGCCGAGACGCAGGCGGAGCUGAUCGAGUGGCUCGAGGUGUUUGAGGUGGCCAAGAAGAAGGCCAUCGAGGCCAGCAUGGGCCGAGAUCAGAGCGUCCCGGCUGGCAGUGCCGACCCUGUCUUCUCCAUUACUCCGCCGUCGAUUCCAGAAUUCUCAGCUAAGAUGCUCGACAAUCUCGAUGAAGCCGGUAGUUCCGCUGAGAAGCCAGGAAACCUUGCUGUUCCCGGCCAAGACGGUGUGCGCCCGAGCUUUGAUGCGCCUCCUCGUCGGGCGAUUACCAGUCACCUUGGCCGGGAAGACGGCGAGACUGGGAGGGAGCACGCCGCACGGAUCAUGCAGAAGCUGGAUCUGCACCGCAAGGCUACUGUAGCGAACGCCAUCGACGCGUCUACCUCGGGGACUGCCGGCCAGGGCUUGACAUCGAGCACGGCGACAUCACCUCAAAUUGGGCAGCCGCCUCCACUGCGCAUACCUAAUCCCUUGGAUCAGCAUCCGGGAAGCCUGGCUCCGGUGACGCUGGCUAGGCCUCCCAUUGCAACGAAUCUCAGCAAAACCGCUGUCCUCGUAAGCGCCAACGCAGGAGCGACUCGUGCCUUGCCGAGCGCCGUCCUGGCCAACUACUGGGGGAGCCGGCCUUACACUUCCAUGUAUUGUCCCGGCCCGUCGGUGCCUCACACUCCCAAGCCUGAUAUGAGCGACCCAUUUGUAGCUACCGCCCUGCCGCGCACGCCGACCGUGGAGAGGUCGCCGGCGCCGGCGAGUCUCCACCGGAAGACGAUGAGCGUGGACGCUACCGCUGCUGACCUCAGGGCCCGGGAGCAGGUGUCGGCGGAGCAGGAGCAGUUUCCGCUGAAUUAUCCGCCUGAGCUCAGGGCGCAGUAUGCGCAGUUCAGACUGUUCUUUCCAACGGCACCUGUCGAUGACAAACCGGUCUUGGUCUUCAACGCCGCCUGGUCCAGCGCCUCUUCCGACGGCAAGGAAACAGGCAUGGCUGGGAACGGUCGUGUCUAUGUCACACCGGACCGCAUGUACUUCUAUGGUCAUCAAAUGGGCCUGGUCGUGGCCUACGCCAUCAACCUCGACAGCAUCACCGAGCUGACAGCGGCACCGGGCCGCGACUGCGAUUUUAUCUUUUUGCACUUGAAUAAGAACAUGCCGGACAUCGCAUACUCACGAAUCACCAUCAAGGUGUUCCUGGAGGACUUCUCUCUCCUGCAGUCUCGGCUAAACCUCCUAGUUGAUGAUCUCCAGGCGGCAGAGCCAAUGGAGGUGUCCGAGAUCAUUGCGGCGCUGUCCAUUCUGAACAAAGAGCAGGACGACAAGAGGAGCCCCAGCGUCGAGAGCUGGGAGGAGGUAUCGGCCAACACACCCGCCGACGAUGGCACGCCCUUUGGCAGGCCUGUCUUCAGGCGAAGACACGACUCCCAUGGCCGGUCCAGGUCGUCGCGUGGCCUAAAAAAGCCGCCACAUAAGCUUCAGCUCCCCACGCACCCCGUCAUGUACGAGCCGCAGGACAUGGGCAAGAGCGUGGCGGAGCGACAUUUCGAGAUCAGCGCCAAGUCCUGCUUCCACGUCCUCUUCGGCGACAAAAGCUUCAUUUUCCCCAAGCUCUACUUUGGGCGCGGCGCCAAGGGUAUCGCCCAAGGCCCCUGGGAAUUGCAAGACCACGGCCGCAUGCGGCGGCAGUUCCGCUUCAAGGUCGACUACGCCGACAUGCUGGGCCGGAAGAAGCCCGGCGACGUGGUCGACACUCAGACCAUCGACAUCUUCAACGACCACAUCACCUACGUCGUCACGCACAUCAAGACCCCUUGGCACCUCCCGCACUCGCAGGCCUUCAAGCUCGUCACGAAGGUGGCCAUCACGCACCUGGCCAAGUCCAAAUGCAAGCUCGCCAUCUACACCAAGGCCGACUGGUCCAAGGCGCCGCCCUUCGCCAAGAACAUGGUGCAGCGGCAGGCGCUCGACGACGCGGCCAACGACGCCGACGAGCUCGCCGACCUGGCCACGGACCACGUGCGCAAGCUGGGCCCGCACAGCCGCACCAAGCGUGCCAUCCAGCUUUACGGCAACGUCGGCCAGCAGACGCAGGCCGUCGUCUUCUCGCCGGAGGCCGUCGCGGACGGGCAACACAAAUCCGGCCCGGGGGCAGCGGUGCGCCCACGCACGCUGACCGACAUGAUGCUUGAGACGGGGCGGUCGUUCAUGGAGAGCGCCAUCACGAGUGUCAUGAUGUGGGCGUUUGCGGCCGUGCGCAAGGUGUUCAAGAUUGUGAGCGCCAACAGGGUAAUUCUGCUGCUGCUGGCGGCGAGCGCCGCGUAUAACCUGCUCGUCAUAUCUCAGACGAGUGCCACGUGGUGGGUUGAGCGCAGGUCGGCGCGGUACAUGAAGCGGCUGGGCGUCGGGCCGAAUGUGAUGAUGAGCAAGGCAAUUUAUCUGGCGGAUUUGGACGAGGCGGCUGCGCGGACUGGCGGCAAUGCAGUGCUGCGAGAGGUUGGUGGGAGCCAAUGCUACGACACCUUCCAAUCCCUCGUCAACGCCACCAUCAGCCUCGACGCCCCCUAUCAGGACGUUGCUCCCGUAUCCGCGUCCGAUUCGGGCUUCGCAUCGACCACCAGCCAGGUGACGGCGCGCCGGCUGGGGCGGGUGCGCCAGCGCAUGGGCGCCUACCGGCACGACCUGCUCGUGGCCAUGCGCAUCGUCAACAAAAUCGAGCUCGAGAUGGUGCGCUCCGAGUGGGAAAGCUGGCUGGCGGGGGAGGCGAGGCGGUGCGAGCUGGCCAGGGAGCUGCUGAUGAGGGACGGUGUCGGGCCUGGCUCAGCGCAGAGUAUCGUCCCCGGAGCGCGGUCGGGGGAUGGUGAGGGCGGGGAUGGCAAACGGCGGGCGGCGUUGAGAGAGUGGUUUGCCGAGUAUUGUACGAGCUGUAUGGCCGAGCAGAGGGCCAUGCACGAGAGGUCGGGGAUGGUGUUCUGAGGUGUGUGCCUAGAGUAUGGUUCAGGUAAUCAAUUGCAAUUGCAUGCAG